AUGCAAGCCGAAAGGCGGAAAUCAAUGGCUGAGCGUCGUCCUUCAACGCUUAACCGGUCUUCUUUUAGUGCAGAAAGAACAGGCUCGGCUCAGGUGGUUCCACACCUGGCUGGAAUUGAGGACCCAUUGCCCAACAGCACCCCAGAAAAAGUCGACGUGGUCUUGGUGGGAACAGGUCUUGUGGAAAGCAUUUUGGCCGCGGCACUCUCCUGGCAGGGUUCGAGUGUUUUACAAAUUGAUGCCAACUCCUACUACGGUGACACAUCCGCGACGCUGACAAUCGACCAGCUGAACCAGUGGGUCCAGGAAGUCAACAGGGGCCAGUCCAAAUGCUACGAUAACGCCAAACUCCACAUAUCUGGCCUUAUGGGCAGAGGUUCGUACAAGUCGCGGGAUUUUGGUAUUGACCUGUCGCCCAAGAUUCUGUUUGCAAAGUCAGAUCUGUUGUCGAUUCUGUUGAAGUCGCGUGUGCACCAAUAUUUGGAGUUUCAGUCGCUUUCAAGUUUCCAUACGUAUGAAAACGACUCUUUUGAAAGGCUCACCAACACUAAACAAGAAAUUUUCACCAAUCCCUCACUUCCUUUGAUGACGAAACGAAAUCUCAUGAAAUUCAUAAAAUUUGUGUUGGACUGGACCAACCAGCCCGAAAUAUGGGACGCAUACAAGGAUAAGCCGGUGGCUUCAUUCUUGGUGGAGAAGUUUAAGCUAGAGCGCGCCCAAGUGUACGAAUUGAUUUUUUCAAUCGGCUUGUGCUACAAUAUUGACGUCAAGACCCCUGAGGCAUUACAGAGAAUAAGGCGAUACCUAACCAGUUUUGAUGUUUACGGCCCUUUUCCAGUUCUAUACUCCAAGUACGGUGGGCCCGGAGAACUUUCUCAAGGGUUUUGUCGGUCCGCUGCCGUUGCAGGCGCCACCUACAAACUGAAUGAGAGCAUGAUCUCCUACAAUCCAGACUCGAGAAUAGCCGUUUUCAGCGACGGUUCAAAAGUCAGCGUGACUGAGAAAGUCGUAAUAGCUCCCACUCAAUGCCCGAAAAAUAGCGGAAAUGUUCCUGAGCAAAAGUACGAGGUACAGCGACUAACUUGCGUUGUUGACAAAACCUGUUCCGAAUGGUUUACUGAGGGUGAGAAUGCCGCUGUGGUUGUAUUUCCGCCCGACUCUCUGAAAUCGGGUAACCGCCAAGCAGUGCAAGUGCUGAUAAUGGGUUCAGGAAGCGAUGUUUGCCCUGCGGGCACAUCAGUCUGGUAUUUGAGCACCACAGAAAGUGGCGUUAGAGGUGAAAUGGAUCUUGAUGCGGCGCUGGGUGCCCUAGAGGAAAGUAUAAUGCGUGAAUCCUCAGCAGAUCCAGAAAACGAUCAAGGAAUAUUGGAAGUGGACAAUCAAGGACAUAUGACCUUAAACUCGGUUAAGCUAGGCCAGUCCUUCAAGGAGCAUUCGCAAAGAGAAAAGUUACAGGUACUUGUAAAGCUCUAUUUCAAACAGUUUACUUCAACUCCUCCAUUUGAGGUUGUAGAUCCUUCCAUAUUUGACGUUGAUGGAGCACCAAAUGGGAAGUUGAUUCCCGGUGCUAGCGACAAUGGUGUGAUUUACACUGCACUUCCUUCGGCCGAAAUAUCUUACGAUGAGGCCAUCACAGCGGCACGUUUACUGUUCCAGAAAAUUGUGGGGAGCGACGACGACUUUUUCGACCUGGAUUUCGAAGAUCAAGACGAUGAUGUGCAGAUGGAUGAAUCUGCAGUCAUUGACGAUGACGAUGUUGAGAAAAUGAAUAUGAACCUCGGAUCAGAAAUGAGUGUGGAACCGGUAGAAUUCGCAGGCGAAAUGGAAAUAUGA